CCUAUAAUUUCACUUCGAGAGUGAAUUCUUCGAUAAGAGGAGGUUAGUGGGUAUUCUAAUCCUUCAUCGAAACAAAAAAAGCAAAAUCUUGUGCGCAUAUACAGUGCGUGUAGUGUUGUAAACCCGAACAAUGUUGCCUGUUUUUUGGAAUCACUUUUUGUAUUCCACGAUGGAAGUGGAAGCAGACGUUAUAACCGAACAAAUAUCUGAAACAUCGGAAUCACUUUUUAGCACAUUGGAUAUAGUCCUACUCUUAGUUUUAGCCGCAGGAGGUGCUUGGUAUUUGUUAAAGAACAGGAAGAAAAAUGAAAUUACUUCGAAUGGAAAAUCAUACUCGAUACAACCAUCUGCGAUGACAUUACAAAGUUCAACGGAAGAUUCGUUUAUAAAAAAAUUACAAACUUCGGGUCGUAGUUUAGUAGUUUUUUAUGGAAGUCAAACGGGAACUGGAGAAGAAUUCGCCGGGCGUUUAGCCAAAGAAGGAAUGAGAUAUAAUUUAAAAGGAAUGGUUGCCGAUCCAGAAGAAUGCGAUAUGGAGGAAUUAGUUAAUUUGAAAAACAUUCCAAAUUCUUUGGCGGUAUUCUGUAUGGCUACUUAUGGCGAAGGAGAUCCAACUGAUAACGCAAUGGAGUUUUACGAAUGGUUACAAAACGGUGAUGCAGAUUUAUCAGGUUUAAAUUAUGCGGUAUUUGGCCUUGGGAAUAAAACUUAUGAACAUUACAAUGCCGUAGCCAUUUACAUGGAUAAAAGAUUAGAAGAAUUGGGUGCCACUAGAGUUUUUGAACUUGGACUUGGAGAUGAUGACGCAAAUAUUGAAGAUGACUUUAUUACAUGGAAAGACCGUUUUUGGCCAGCUGUAUGCGAAUUCUUCGGAAUCGAAUCAACUGGAGAAGAUGUUAACGUCCGUCAAUACAGAUUACAAGAAUUUCCAGUAAAUAUUCCCGAUCGUGUAUUCACUGGUGAAAUGGCAAGAAUACAUUCAUUAAAAAAUCAAAGAUCUCCAUUUGAUGCUAAAAAUCCGUAUUUAGCCGAAGUUGUCGUUAACAGAGAACUCCAUAAAAACACGAGUGAUCGUUCUUGCAUGCACAUUGAAUUUGAUAUUGAAGGUUCAAAAAUGCGAUAUGAUACUGGCGAUCAUAUUGGGGUUUAUCCGGUUAACAACGAAGAAUUAAUUAAUAAACUUGGCAAACUUACCAAUAAAGAUUUGGAUACGAUCUUUUCUUUGAUAAAUACCGAUGAAGAAUCAAGUAAAAAACAUCCAUUCCCGUGUCCUUGUUCAUAUAGAACCGCAUUGACUCAUUACGUUGAUAUAACGAUGAAUCCAAGAACUCACGUCUUAAAAGAAUUAAGUGAAUACUGCUCAGAUCCUGCGGAAAAAGAAAAAUUAAAACUUAUGGCUUCCACUACUCCUGAAGGAAAAGCUCUCUACCACCAAUGGAUUAUUGAUGACAACCGUAAUAUCGUUCAUAUUUUAGAAGAUUUACCUUCGUGUAAACCAGCUUUGGAUCAUCUUUGCGAAUUAUUACCUCGUCUUCAACCAAGAUAUUAUUCAAUUUCUUCUUCGCCAAAACUUCAUCCAAAUACCGUUCAUAUAACAGCGGUUCUUGUUGAAUAUGAAACUCCCACGAAACGUACUAAUAAAGGUGUUGCUACAACAUGGUUAGCCAAGAAAAAACCGAAUAUGGAUGUAAACAUGACUGUACCAGUUUUUAUAAGAAAAUCCCAAUUUAGAUUACCUCCAAAACAACAAAUGCCUAUUAUUAUGGUUGGUCCAGGAACUGGAUUUGCUCCAUUUAGAGGAUUUAUACAAGAACGAAGUUUUAUGAAAAAUGAUGGAAAUACUAUUGGUGAAACCAUUCUUUAUUUCGGUUGUAGAAAACGAGCCGAAGAUUUUAUUUAUGAAGAGGAAUUAAUGGAGUAUGAGAGAGAUGGAGUGAUAAAAUUACAUUGUGCCUUUUCAAGAGAUCAACCUAAAAAAGUUUAUGUACAUCAUUUAAUGGAACAGAAUGCUGAUGAACUUUAUAGGAUUAUUGUUGAGGAAAAUGGACACUUUUAUAUUUGUGGUGAUGCUCGUCAUAUGGCAAACGAUGUCCGUAACGUGGUUAUUAAAGUUUUGAUGCAAAAAGGUAACAUGUCAGAACAAGAAGCUGCAGCAUACCUGAAGAAAAUGGAAACGCAAAAGAGAUUAUCAGCGGACGUUUGGAGUUAAUUUAAAUAAUAAUUACGUUUAGAUUUUUUUUUCUAAAAAUAAUUUAUAUGAAAUGUUACCAAUCUUUUGGUAACCACGCUUUUUUUUUGUUGUCUUGCAUUGUCGGUGUUUGCCAUCAUAAUAAUCAAUACGACAAGGUGAUAAACAUUUUUUAAUUGAUUAAGAGCACCUCCUCUUUCAAUAUUUCUUCUUCAAGCAUAAAAAACAAUACCCACCUUAAUAGUAACAAUCAAUACUUUUUGUUUUUUUUUUGGUAAAACAAGCGUCAUGUGAUUUCAUUCCAUAUUGACAAUAAAAAUUGCUAGAUAAAAUCAGUGAUAUUUUACAAAAUGUUUUGUAUGUAUAAAUGUACCAUUAUAAUUAAAAUGGAAUUGAUGGAAAUUGUUUAUAUUUGCAAUGUUUUUAACUGUUGUGCAAUUUUAUAUUGAAAUGGACUAUAAAUUUAAGUGACCAUGAAAAAUAUGUGUAGUAAAGUUUAAUAAAAUUUAAAUUUUAGAUAUA